GAGUUCAUGGCGAAGGCCAAGCCCAUCACCGUGACCAUCGGAGAUAAGACAUUCAAGGCCUGGCCUCAGGGAACUCCUGGUGCUGCUGUCAAGCACAAGAACAGCAGCGGAUUGCAGGCAGCGCCGAAGCUCUUCUCCACCGGCAGCUGUGGCUUCAUGGUCCCCGUGGAGGUGGGCGGUCAGUCCCUUGUGCUGCAGUGCGGCUUGAACUUGCCGGUGAUCGGAUCCAAGGAGUGGAGCGAGUAG